AUGCAACGGGCGCUGUUUGGGCCAUCAAGAGGACGUAUGGGGGUAAUUAAGAGAGGGAGGUCUAGGGAGAUGAAGGCGAGGCGGGCGCCCGUGUUUUGCAUCAGACGCUGGAUAUUAAACAAUAUAUUCACAAUCACCAUGCUCAGGCUGCGGAUCAUGGGGUGUUCAAGUACAAUUCUAUCUGCUGCGUGUGUCCUGACACUUCCGUAUGCACGUACCUCCGCUUCAGAGUUGUCAAGCGCAAUAGCGUAUAUUCGAAGUAUCUGCCGCAGUCAUUGGCCUCACUCUGGCCCGCUCGCGUGGAUACUGUCUUGGUUUUUUGCUUCUUCUAGUAUUAGGUGUCCAUAG